CCAAGAAAUGCGAGCGAAUUUCCGGUUUCCUCCUUGUGGAGAAGAGCUGCAGCGGCGAUGGCUAAGCUCAUUUUCCUCUGGAUUGAAUUAGUUUUAUUAUGCAGCAUCGUGGAGGCUGUGUUUGAGGAUCAAGUAGGAAAAUUCGACUGGAGGCAACAGUAUGUGGGCAAAGUGCGCUUUUCUCAUUUUGACACACAUACACAGUCAUCCAAAAGGGUGAUUGUGGCCACGGAGAAGAAUGUGUUUGCUGCCCUUAAUACCAGGACUGGAGAACUCUUCUGGCGACAUGUGGACAGGACUGGACCAGAGGGAAACAUUGAUGCACUUCUGCAGUAUGGACAAGAUGCAGUGCUAGUGGUUGGUAAUGGGCGCUUGCUGCGGUCCUGGGAUAUCAACAUUGGUGCUCUGAACUGGGAAGUUGUGCUUGACUCUGGCAGUUUCCAGGCUGCAUGUUUUGUUGGACAACAAGACACAGUGAAACAUGUGGCUGUUUUGAAGAAAACGGUCAUCUCUCUUCAUUACCUGUCAAUUGGCCAUCAAAAGUGGAUAGAGAAUCUACCUGAGAGUGAAACCGUGGAUUACCAGGUCGUAUAUUCUGGAGGAAAUGGUGAAGUUUACGUUUUAGGCAUUGUUCCUCAUUCCCACAUUGCUGUUGUCGAGUACAGUUUGGAGGAUGGAGAGAUAAUCAAGCAGACCUCCAUUGAAGCUCCGUGGCUGUCCAAUAUUCAGGCUCGCUGCGCUGUGGUCGGCCGGGGGAUAUUGACAUGUGCGGACGCUACAACUAUGUCUUUGUACAUGUUAGAUUUGCAUCAGCAGCUAGAAAUGACACAGGUCCCUCUUCAGUCCCUUGGGCUUGAAGUAGUUGAAGGCUUUCAUCCCGUCGUCGUGUCACACCAGCCCAACCCAGCCCAUCGGCCACUGUCAGAGUUCCUCCUGCAGCUUGGGCCUGAUCGCUUUCUGCUUCUUCAGCUCAAAGAUGGUCAGAUAGUUAACCUGAGGGACUUCAAUCCUGCUGAUUUGGUGUCGUUUGCAACCACUGGAGAGAAGACUGUUGCUGCUGUCAUGUCACCAAAGAACAAAACAGCUUGCAGUAUCAACCUAUUCAAUGCUGAAACUGGACGCAGACUCCUCGACACAACGCUGAUUUUCCCCAUUGAUCCCAAUGGUGGCAAACCAGAGAAGCUCUCAAUUCAGGCAUUCUUGAAGAAAGACGACUCUGUUGGCUACAGAGCGAUGGUGCAGACGGAGGACCACACACUGACGUUCAUCCAGCAGCCAGGGCGUACGGUGUGGACGAGAGAGGAGGCCCUGUCAGAUGUGGUGACGAUGGAAAUGGUGGAUCUGCCGCUCACGGGAACGCAGGCUGAGCUGGAGGGAGAGUUUGGCAAAAAAGCCGCCAUUCAAGAUGGGCUGAUGUCGAUGGUCCUGAAGAGGCUCUCCUCGCAGCUCAUCCUGCUGCAGGCCUGGAUCAGUCACCUGUGGAAGCUUUUCUACGACGCACGCAAGCCCCGCAGUCAAAUUAAGAACGACGUAACCAUUGAGAACCUGUCUCGAGACGAGUUUAACCUCCAGAAGAUGAUGGUCAUGGUGACGGCGUCUGGGAAGCUUUUUGGAAUUGACAGUAAGACCGGGAGCAUUUUAUGGAGGCACUACCUGGACAACGUCCCAUCCAACGCUGCUUUCAAGCUGAUGGUUCAGCGGACAACGGCACAUUUCCCUCACCCUCCGCAGUGCACGCUGCUCAUCAAGGACAAGGACACCGGUCUGGCCACUCUACAUGUCUUUAACCCCAUCUUUGGAAAGAAGAGCCAUGUCACGCCACCAGUCCUCCCUCAGCCCAUCCUUCAGUCCCUCAUGCUGCCUCUCAUGGAUCAGGAUUACGCCAAAGUGUUGCUGCUCAUUGAUGACCAGUAUAAGGUGUCUGCAUUUCCUUCUACGAAGAACGUCCUGCAGCAGCUGCAGGAGCUGGCUUCAUCCAUAUUCUUUUACCUGAUUGACUCCAGUCAGGGAAGGCUCUCUGGGUACAGACUGAGAACGGAUUUGUCGACUGAGCAGAUCUGGGAGGUCGUCCUGCCGCCUGAGGUACAGAGGAUCGUCUCUGUCAAAGGGAAGAGACCCAAUGAGCACGUGCACUCCCAGGGCAGAGUGAUGGGAGACCGGAGCGUCCUCUACAAGUACCUGAAUCCCAACCUCCUGGCUGUGGUGAGUGAGAGCACAGAUCUGCAUCAGGAGCGCAGCUUCAUCGGGAUCCUCCUGAUCGACGGCGUCACGGGUCGCAUCAUCCACGAGGCCGUCCAGAGGAAAGCCAGAGGACCCGUGCACGUCGUGCACUCGGAAAACUGGGUGGUGUACGAGUACUGGAGCACCAAGUCUCGCAGGAACGAGUUCUCCGUGAUCGAGCUGUACGAAGGCAUGGAGCUCUACAACAGCACCGUGUUCAGCUCGCUGGAUCGGCCGUACGCUCCCCAAGUACUCCAGCAGUCCUACAUUUUCCCCUCCGCCAUUUCCACCAUGGAGGCCACCCUGACCGAGAAGGGCAUCACCAGCCGCCAUUUGCUCAUCGGUUUGCCCAGUGGAGGCAUUUUAUCGCUACCGAAGAUGUUCCUUGACCCGCGCCGGCCUGAAAUCGUGUCUGAGCAGAGCCGUGAGGAGAACCUGAUCCCGUACGCCCCGGAGCUGAUUAUCCGCACGGAGUGGUUCAUCAACUACAAUCAGACGGUGUCACGAGCGAGGGGUAUUUACACCGCGCCCUCUGGACUGGAGUCCACCUGCCUGGUCGUGGCGUACGGUCUCGACAUCUACCAGACGCGCGUGUAUCCGUCAAAGCAGUUCGACGUGCUGAAGGACGACUACGACUACAUGCUGAUCAGCAGCGUCCUCUUCGCGCUCUUCUUUGCCACCAUGAUCAGCAAACGCCUGGCGGAAGUCAAACUGCUCAACCGGGCCUGGCGGUAGAGCCGAGCGUCCAAAUCCUCAUCUGGCAGCCCCCCCGCGGCUGCACCGAGGCCCUCAGCCCGAGGAGAGGACACCGCUGAGGCCACGCCUGGAGAAAAACACAGGUCAAAGUUCAACAAGGCCCACAAGGAACUGCAGGGGUGAGGGGAUGGCGGGGGAGGGGGUGGAAAAGAGGCGUUCGCGAAAGGUUUUACGUGUUUUAUUUUUUAACUUAUUUUGCAAAAAACAGGAAAUGAUUUAAUGAUAGAAUAUUUGUUCUUUUGCGCCGAGUCAUUUUGAUUAAAUGUUUAACACGCCACUAAUUACGAUCGAGUCAGAUGAACUUGAAUUUAAUGAAUUGUGGAGUUUUCCUGCACGUGAAAGUACGGCUCUGAAACCAUGUUAGUUUUUUUUUUUUUUUUUAAGAUGACUUUUUUCUGACAUUUCUGUGUCAUUAGACUGUUGUAAUGGGGACAAGACGGGAUAAAUUUGGUACAAUACUGCUGUUAAAUGGUUUGUUUUUGUUGUCUGCUGAAUCACCGCGGGCCUCAGACGCCACGCGGCUCACUGGAAGACCAACUGUGAACAGGAAGUGUGGAAGUGUUAAUGUAGCAUGGACGAGAAGUGGCUGUUUGAGCUUUCCUGAAAACUCUCCCACCAAAGGUACCGUCACACGCUUGACCAAGGAAAACGUCAUUUCAUUCAAUAUUCCAUCUGUGAUCCUGUGGCUCAUGUCUGUGAGCAGUUCUCACCCGCCGUCGGCUACUCUUGAUGCUCCAUUAAAACUUCUUCCACAAAUCUACUUUCAAU